UCUGCUCCCGGUCAGCUGUAGAGAUCAGCAGCAGCAGAUCUGGGGACAGCAGCUCACUGACUGUCAGCGGGGAAUGAGUGAAGACUGAAGGCAGGUGUUUUAGUCCAGCCCUCUCUACCUCCACAGCAGCAGGAUCCAAAGAUGGUAGCAGCACACACUUCUUCACAUUCUUCGGAAUCUGCCGAGUGGAUUAUUUGUCUGGAUAAAAGCACACAUUUCUUCAGCUUCUAAUUUCAUGAAGACCACAAAAGAGUGCAGGCCAGCAGAGCGCUCUGGGGAAGAUGUUGACAUCAUUCUGGCUCGCCUGAAAAAUGUGAAGGCCUUCGAGAGAUUUCACCCCAGUUUGUUGCAGCAGAUUUGCCUGUGUGGAUUCUAUGUGUGCUUGGAGAAAGGCAUCACAUUGUAUCGCCAAGGAGACAUUGGCACCAGCUGGUAUGCGGUCAUCUCUGGUUCACUGGAUGUCAGAGUUUCAGAGACAUCAAGUUAUCAGGAUGCUGUUACUAUAUGCACGCUGGGCACCGGCACAGCAUUUGGAGAGUCCAUCCUGGAUAACACCCCCCGGCAUGCCACCAUUGUCACGAGGGAAUUCAGUGAGCUCCUACGCAUCGAGCAGAGGGAGUUCAGGUCUCUGUGGGAGGUGGGUUCCUCUCUCUGCUCCAUCUGUACUUGUAUUGCCCUACAUACAUUCUCUGGCUACAUUGCAGAUUGUGACACAUAUCUGAGAUUAACUCAAG